GUAAGAGUAACAAAAUUUUAACUCUAACCUCUGAUUAACCAACAGCAUUAACGAACACAAGCAACAACCUCCCCGUGUGAUCCUUAAAUAUGCAACAAACUUGAGACAAUUGCAAAGAGACCCAAAAAAGCCGGCACGUAAAAUGGAAGAGACUCAUAAACACGUCGCCGUUUUCGCCUUCCCAUUCACCACCCACGCAGCCCCUCUCCUCAACGUCGUUCGUGCAAUCUCCUUGGCCGCACCCGACGUUGACUUCACCUUCUUUGGCUCUGCAAAGUCCAACGCAUCGCUGUUCCCACGAGGAGAAGCGGAAGGCAAGAUCAAGCCUCACGACGUCUGGGACGGUUUGCCUGAAGGCUAUAAACCCUCCGGCAACCCCGAAGAGCCCGUUGAUCUGUUCUUCAAGGCGGUUCCGGGGAAUUUUUUGACCGCUGUGGCCGAGACAGGCUGCCGGUUUAGCUGCUUACUGACCGACGGUUUCUUUUGGUUUGGGGCCGAUGUGGCGGACCAGUUGCAUGUCCCGUGGAUACCCUUUUGGACGGCCGGCCCUCGAGCCCUUCUCCUUCACGUCGAUAUCGACGAAAUCCAGCGACGUAUGGGAAAUGAUGUUCUUGAAGACAAAACUCUCGAUUUUCUUCCAGACUUCUCUACAAUACGCAUAGUUGACCUACCACAAGGAAUAAUAGCUGGAGACUUUGAAGCCACUAUUCCAUCAGUGCUAAAUAAGUUAGGAAAAUAUUAUCCACGAGCAGUAGCAAUUGCCGCCAAUACAUUUGAAGAGUUAGAUCAUAUCGUUGUCAACGAGCUCAAAUCAAGAUACCAAAAGUUUCUAAGCAUUGGUCCCUUGGCAUUAACAACCCCAAUGUCAUUCUCUUCAUAUUUUGAUGAAUAUGGCUGCUUAGAAUGGUUGGACAAGCAAAAAUCAACAUCUGUUGCCUAUAUCAGUUUUGGAAGUGUUGCAAUACCGCCUAAAUUGGAGUUGUUGGCUAUAAUUGAAGCCUUAGAAGAUAAGAAAAUCCCAUUUCUUUGGUCAUUUAGGGACAAUCUUGAGGAACACUUGCCACAAAAAUUAAUACAAAGAAUUAACAAAUACGGAAAAUUUGUCCCAUGGACUUCUCAGUUGAAAGUUUUGUUACAUCGAGCUGUUGGGGUGUUUCUAACACAUGGUGGAUGGAACUCUAUUUUAGAAAGUAUCAUUGCCGGUGUACCCAUGAUUUGUAGGCCAUUUUUUGGUGAUCAAGUAUUGAAUAUGAGGUGUAUUGAGGCUGUAUGGGGGAUCGGUGUGGGGAUUGAAGGUGGAAAAUUCACGAAAGAUAGAACUCUUAAGGCUUUGGAAUUUAUAUUUCAUAGUGAAAAAGGGAUAAAAAUCAAACAAAAAAUUGAGGUUCAAAAAGAAAUUGCAUGUAACACUGCACUAGCAUAUGGCAGCUCUAUUAAAAAUUUUAGGACUCUUGUAGAAAUUAUCAUUAAGUAGAUCCGUUAUAGUUUAAUAUAUAUUUGUCAUAUUAGAACAUUUUGUUUUGUACUAGUUGCAGAUUUAGAUAUUGUAGUCAUAGUGUAUUUUUCUCUUAUGUUUAUCUUGUAGUAAGUGUUUUGCAUCAAUAUGUUAGUGAGUUUUGCAAGUUUGUUUUUAUUAGAAUUCUUAUUGGAAUAAAGAAAAUGAAG